AUGCGGAAACCAAGCCCUCAGAAAGGUAAGCAGUAAUCCUCAAACAAGGAAAGCCCAUGUAACUGGUUUAUUGAUAUAUCCUUAAAUAUAUUAAUGGGGCCAGAUAUGAAAGCUAUAGGUACUUUUUCAACCACCUGGACAAGCAAAAUUAUGGACAACAUUUGGAAACUGGGUCCAUAAAACUACCUCAGAUUUCUGUGGAGAAAUAAAAUUAACAGACGUGCAUAUUCCAUUUUGUUUUCUUCUUUCACACCAACAGAUCUAUACAUAAAUUCAUCCUUUUUCUUUCUUUUGUGAGUGUGUUCAGGGCUGCUUCAGACAAGACAGAAUUUAUUACACCAUGAUUCAUUAUGCAUGAUGAAUGCAUGUGUAUGUCUCAGUGCAGUGGGGCCCACUCUGAAGUAAAUCUCCAAGGGAUUUUCAACUUUAUUGUGAAAGACCCUUCAAAUAUGGGAUAUGUAACAAAUGUCUAUCUUCCCAAAGAAUAUUCACAGCAUAGGCUGGACAGAUCUCAUUGCCAAAAGCCUUAUUUCUACAUUUAUAAUGGAGCAUUUCAUUCAGAUGUUAGCACAACCUCUCAGCCAUCUUUGUCAUCCCCGUGUGAUGAGUUGUUUUUCUUCAGAUGCAUACAGAUAUCUUCAAAACCAAACUUUUGUACAUGAUGAUAAACAAGUACGACACAGUUUGGUAACCUGACAUUAGGAGCUGGGGAUGCAUUCACAAUGAACUAUCAUUACACUGAGACUUGAGUAAUACACAGGUGAAGGAGAAAGGUUACCUUGAAUUCUUACCGAACUUUUUGCACUUUUCAUUUUCAUUAUCUGAAUAGUUCUUUUGAGCUGCAAAUGGAGCAGUUCUCAGUGAGCAGGUAGUAUGCACACAGCAUACAGCCCCUUCCAACAUUUAGGUGUGUAUAGUAUGAGUGGGGAACCUUUUUAGCUGCAUGGGCCAAUUCCUUAUCAGGAUCACCCUGGUGGACCAAAUUUGGCAAGUGGGUAGGGCCUCCCACUUGUCAGCCACCUGACAUCAUGUGUAAGGUACUUGAAGCUGGGACCUCAAAGCGCCUUGCAAAGUACUGCCAAAGGGGAGGGUUUCUUCCCUCAUCUUAGCCAGGGGUUGAAUGGAAUCCCCUGCUAAAACAUUGAUAGAAAAAGUCUAUCAGAUUUCAGAAUAGGAUCCUGAUGCACACCUGUCCAUGAAUCAGAUAAGGGGGGGGGGGGGCUCAGAAUCUCCCAUUAAAGGGUGAGUGUUCCCAUCAUUUUAGCAUGGGAUCCCAUGCAAGUUUGCAUAGAAACCUUUGCGAAAACAAUGAGGAGAAACUCUUAGCAGGGGAUUGCAAUGCCAACCCCUUUCUGAAUCAGGUAGGGAUUUGCAUGGAAUCCUGCGAAAGUGAACAGGAUUUAACCUCCUCAUCAACUAAUGAGCAGGCUUAUAAUCUGCUCAGAUUGGAUGCACAGUGCUGGGAACAGGGACACCCUACUAGCACAGGAUUUAACCCCACCCUUGUGCCUAUCAGGUGACCACAUUAGUGAUGGCAGUGGUGGGUGAGUGCGAUUUGAGUAAAAAAGCGUACAGUAUCGGGACAACUUGUACUCCCUGGAGAGGACUCAGUCUUUUGUAAACAUACUCCCAUAGACCUCAGAAGCACUUAAUGAACAAUUUUAAUCCUGAUUGUGGGGCAGAGCAGGGGAUUAACUAGCACAUCCUUGGCAUGGGUGGAAGGUGGAGGCACUACUUUCUGAUUUUCUGAUCCACAGCUGUUGGCACCCCACCUUUCAAUACUCCCUUUCCACUGGCAGCCUCUUGCAGGAGAAUACCUGGCAGUACCUUGCCAUCUGAGUGGGCAAGUUGGGUCUGCACUGUGGCUGAGCUCCCUCUUCAGCACCACCACCCCCAGCAAACCCCAGUGUCACUCCUCCUCUCCAGUGGAGACUUAACAGAGGAGAGACUAUACAGUAUCCUCAUCCACCCCAGGAGGGUUUGGAUUGCACUGCUCACCGGUAUAUAUCUAAGGAAGUGAUGGCUUGGUCAAGCUUAAGUUGGGCAGGGGUCUGCCUUCUUUGUAAGUUUAUUUUGUAUGCUGCCUUGGCCACUGACGUUGCUAUGUAGUUGUAGCUGAUACUGCACUUAGUUUGACUAUGUUGCUUCGUGGUAGGAAGUGUUUUGGCUUCCAUCAGCAUAGACUCCACUUUUCUGCACACACAAAUGAACUUUCUGCCCAUAAUUACUUUUUAGGGGAGCCUAGCUUGCCAUUCUGUUUACAGCUAGGCCAGCUGAAGGAAGCUCUUCUGAGCCUGUGUUGCUGCUUUGGCACCAUCUGCUUAUACUCCCAGCAUGGUGCAAGCCGGUGCUGUGUUGGCAGAUGCAUCCUUCCCUUUAAUGAGGCAUGAAACCAACAACCAGCCUACCUCAUGGCACUUUUCUCUAGUGACUAUAAUAUUUUCUCCGACUGCAAGGCAAAUCGUGAUUGUGUCUGUGGCAUAUGCAUUUAAGGCAGAUUUUUCUUUGCAGCUGAAUUAGCCUUUUUCUCCCUGACUCUGAGCAGUUGACUAGCAAUUUUGACAUAAAGGAGAGAAGGGAAAAAAUCCAGCUAAGAAGGUAGUAUCUGGUUCUGCUUUCUAUUCAUAUAUGCCAUACAAAGUGCAAGGGUUGUUCCAAGAAAUUCCUUGUCUGCUUUACGGUGCUGUUACUCCUUCUCUCUCCGCCACCCCACUUCUUUCAGAUUGUUUUUGCACCUCUAGUUGUUCAUCUUGCAGAAGUUAGUUCCUCUCUAGCACCACUUGUCCUUUUAAUAGUGUGAAAGUAAAUGGAGGAAAACAGAAGCCCAUUUGAGCAUGCUGAGAGGCAGCUGGAGAACUUGAUAAUAGUGAUGCUGGUUGAUUAGUCUGCAGCGUGGUUGUCUGGUCUUUGAUUUCAGCCUUCUGUUCAGCUGAUUAUUUUCUUCAUGGAAUCUGUAUCCUCCAGCCACUGCUACCAUUGUGACCUCUGGUUAUGAAUAUUAUGCAAUAUGCUUCAAAAGCAGCACCUGUGCUUUUAGCCAGGCCGUUUCCUGUCAGUGUAAUUGGCUUUCUAGAAAGCAGUUGAAGGUGUAUUUGUUUUCUCUAAUGGAAUUAUUUUAGCAGUAUCUGUCAUACACUUCCUGAGUGUCUUAAGCUCCCUGUUUUUCUCCUUUUUUUCAUCUAUUGGACCCUAACAAAGCUUUGUCUAUAUAAAAAUUUGAUGAAAAAUUAGAUUCCACUCUCUAAGGAAUCCUAAGGUAAAGGUAAAGGUACCCCUGCCCAUACGGGCCAGUCUUGACAGACUCUAGGGUUGUGCGCUCAUCUCACUCUAGAGGCCGGGAGCCAGCGCUGUCCACAGACACUUCCGGGUCACGUGGCCAGCAUGACGAAGCUGCUCCGGCGACCGGCACCAGAGCAGCACACGGAAAUGCCGUUUAGCUUCCCACUAUAAAGCGGUACCUAUUUAUCUACUUGCACUUAAGGGUGCUUUCGAACUGCUAGGUGGGCAGGAGCUGGAACCGAACGACGGGAGCUCACCCCGCCGCGGGGAUUCGAACCGCCGACCAUGCGAUCGGCAAGUCCUAGGCGCUGAGGUUUUACCCACAGCGCCACCCGCGUCCCCCUAAGGAAUCCUAGAGAGUGUUUAAUAAUAAUAAUAAUAAUAAUAAUAAUAAUAAUAAUAAUAAAUUUUAUUUAUAUCCCGCCCUCCCCAGCCGAAGCCGGGCUCAGGGCGGCUAACAACAAUCAAAUAAUCCAACAUUCUAAAAACAUUUCAUUAUAAAAAUUCAUUAAAAUCAAAUUGAUGGCAACCGUUAAGCAAAAUUCUGUGCAGAUUGCCAGAGGAGGGAGUCAGGCUGCGCCCUGACCAAAGGCCUGGUGGAACAGCUCUGUCUUGCAGGCCCUGCGGAAAGAUGUCAGGUCCCGCAGGGCCCUAGUCCCUUGUGACAGAGCGUUCCACCAGAUUGGAGCCGCAGCCGAGAAAGCCCUGGCUCUAGUUGAGGCCAGCCUAACCUCUCUGUGGCCUGGGACCUUCAGGAUGUUUUUAUUUAGCAAUCCUAUUUGUGUUUACUCUGAAGUAAGUCCUAUUGACUUAGGAGUGAGGAGAUGGAAUAACAAGCCUCAUUAAGGCAUGCUCAUGUAAAGAUUUAUUUAUAUGCAUUUUUAAUAAUUAUGGCCCCUGGCCCCACAACUUACAUUUCUACCAUGUAAAUAUCAGAAUCACUUUUGAAUUAUUUCUUGUUACUUUAGAAAAGGAACUUCUCCCCAUAACCCUUUGGGCCAAAACAAAUGUUGUUUGCCAUUAUGCGGUUUAUUUAUAUAUUUAUUACAUUCAUAUACCACCGUUAUCUUCCAAAGAUCUCAAGGUGAUGUACAUAGUUCUCCUGCACCCAUUUCAUCCUCACAACAACUCUGUGAGGUAGGUUAGGCUAAGAGAUGGUGACUAGCCCAAGGUCACCCAGUGAGCUUCAUGGCUGAGUGGGGAUUCGAACCCUGGUCUCCCAGGUUGACUUUUAUUUCUUUAAAAAACAGCUAGUGUGGUUAGAGAGUGAGCUGGUUUGGGAACAUGGCAUGGGAAGAGGGGCUAAGUUAUUGUCCCUGACAUGGUGCUGAUAGUAAUUGCCUUCCCCACUAUACCUGCUGUUCAUAGUGGGGGGAAAACAUCCAUUGGUGCCAGUAGCAGACCUGGUGGGGUUUGUCCCCCCUGGCCGCCCCCGCCCCCCACUACUUGUUGAAGAAAAAUCAGCUUCACAAGGGAAUCGCAUAUGACAAAUAUUGCUUCCACUUUGGCCCUCAUUUACUGCUUAGUGCAGGAGUGGGGAACCUUAACCCAGGGGCCCAUUGAGGUUUCUAGACCUGUCUCUGUUUGGCCCUUGGGACUUUUCCAGGCCGCACACCCUCCCACAGGUCACACACUCCUUGAAUGCCUUUGCUGGUUGGAAUGUGUCCUUGAAUUGUGGUAACUCCUCUUGUUUGCCUGGAAGAAGGAUGGAGGGGGGUGUAUUUGUGUAGAAAUCUCUGACUUUUGUAUGGCUGGAAUGUAACCCUAAAUGUCCCAUCCAUUGCUCUGCUCAUUAUUGCAUCUGACCCCAAACACCACUGGUAUGCGGCACUCAGAAGGUUGCCCAUGAAAGAAUGUGGCCCUCAGGCUCAGAUAAAAGCGGGGAAUGAAAAUAACUUGAUAGUGCUAUUCACUAAUGUGUGCUGUAUAUUUUGUAUUAACAAGGUUGGAGGAUAUGUGAUAAAUGUGGUAGUCUUUAAGGUGUCUCAACUGUUUAUAAGGAAAACAGUUGAAAUAGAAGCUGUUUUUCCAAUUUUAUCCCCCCCACACACACAUUCCCCCUGAUUUUGCAACACCAUUACUAGCAUUUCAAGCACUUUUUCAUGUUUCUAGAUGACAGUCAGUUUCCACAACUCUCCUGGCAAUCCAGUUUGCUAUUUGGCUCACAAUGAAUCUUCUGUUAAUGUUUCAGCAUCUUCAUCAAGUGCUCAGAAGUUUGUGUUGGCUAUAUUGAGUGAGCAAGGCCUCACUUGUGAUUUUGUUGUUGUCCCCCAUGAUAAAUUACUUAAGUCUCCUGGACCCCAAAAUUCUCUUAAUUCUGUUCUCUCCCCACCCCCUGACACAGCACUCUCUUAUUCCCAUGUGAAUUACCAGAGGCUGCACAGGGAGGAGGAGUGUAGGAUUACAAACUAGAUACAGCAAAGUGGCAUCCUGUUUUCAUCAGCUUGCAUCCUGUCACAUCAGAAGGAUUGUGACUUGGCCAUUUGGACAUGGGCAUGGAGCUUUUUCUUCAGUUCUCAGCAGUGUCUUUGCUGUGUUUUGCAGCUGGCAGAGAUCAGACAAAUAAGCAGAGACCAAGGAAAAUAAAUUUUCCCACCGACUGUUGUGACCUUUGUGGAAAAGGGCAGAUCUCCUAAUUUGAGGUUGGCCUCUGAAACUCAAUAUUUUAAACAUCUCAUUAUAUGUUAGCAUGCAGUUGGUUUCAUUUUACUUCUAGCAUAAUUAGUUUGAAGGGAAUUUUGGUCCAAGCAGUGACACUUAUACAUUGAAGGGUAAAUCUGCUUGCGGUUGGCCAAGAAACAGUAGGCAACAUGGAGCAUAAUUUCUUGCUGAUGAAGGAAAAGCUCUUUGUGAGGUUAUUCUCUCUCUUUGGUCUUAGCAAUAGACUGGAAAGAUGGCAAAAAGCACAAGUAUGGGCGCUUGUCAGAACCUCCGUCUCAGUACCAAGGUAUGAAUCAGAUCCACAUUCUUUUCUGUUCCCCUUUGUUAGAAGAGCAGCUAGUGAGUUUUCUGCUGACCACAAAGGAGAAGGAAUAUAGAGAAGGUAAUAGAAACUUUUAAUGGGCCAUGUGAAGCUGUCAUAUAUUGAGUCAGAUCAUUGGUCUUUCUCGCCUCAAGGUCUCAGGCAGCGCUCUUCCCUAAUCCAUUUCCCCGCAAUCUUUUAAAUAGAGAUGCCAAGGAUUCAGUCAGAGCAAAUACCCAGCCAAUGAGCUAUUACUCCUAAAUCAAUCCAAGUUGAAGGAGGGCUAUCAGCUUUUUAGUCCUAAAGAGAUUUGCACAGAGCAGCUGCUUCUAUUUGAUAAUUCUGUAUCUGUUUGCAUCUUCUUUAUUAGCAUACCUGAUUAUGCUGUAAUUGCAGUGAAGCCCUUUUCUGCAAAUAGUUUGUGAAAAUGCAUAGUAUUCAUGCAGCACAGGUACAUAGGACUGGUUCACGCAUACAUGUAUGUCUCUGGUUGACUUCGAACUGAACAUACAGAGUAACUCCAUCAAGAAGCAGUGUGUCUGAAGUGAUACAAAAUAUUUGAGACUUGAUGGAUUUAGGAUAGCUUGUUCACAUGUGGAGGUCUCCAUUUGAUGUUGCAGUUAUCAUGUGGAACAUGGCAUAUGUGAACCAGCCUAAAGAGGCGUUUUCUUUGGUUGCUCCGCAACAACAUGGAAUCUUGCUGUCCAAGAUCAUCAUCAAUGUCUGGCAUCCAAGGCAUUGAAACACACACAGUUCAAAACCUAGAUUUGCGUGAAUAUCAGCAGCGGAAUCCCUCAGUGACAAAAGGCUAACUUGUGGCUAACUUUGAAGACACAGACAAGUCAGAGAGCUCCUAAUUAAUUUGCUGGUUAUCGUGGCUUCACUCUGCUUUGUCCAAAGGCAGUAGUUCUGUCACGGUGGGACCUUUUCCAGUAUAAUCACUGUGGUGUGUUUCUGCUACCACUGUACCUCUGCAUGCAUGCUGCCUUUCUGUAUAAAUGUGAUUAAACUUAAUGAGUUACACUUCAGUGUUUCUGUGCUCAAACUCCUAUGAGGAUUCACAAUCUUUCAAUCCCAUGCAAGAGCAUGAUACGGCCUACAGCUUGUGCAGAAUGUGUGGCUUCUGAGGAAAUAAAGGCAGCAGCAAAAAACAUCAACUGACAGGAAUAAAAACACCAACAAAAAUCAGUUUAAAGGUACCAGGUGAACAGGCCUAAAGACCACAUGAUUAGCAAGUUAAAAUGGCUGCACCAGCCGUGCCAAUUUUCCUAAUUGGCUUUGCCAGUGUACCAUCCCACUGCCAUGAUAAAGAAUUAGUAUUUUGUUCCUUUAUUUCUCUGGUAAUUAUCAACAGAGGGGAUUGUUAUUCCCUGGUGAAAAUCUAGUUUGCCUGAAUGAGUUAUAAUAUUGAGUUAUAAAUUGCCUCAAAUCUAGGUGCUUUCCAAAAAUUAAAAGCAUGAGUCAUCCUCUGCCUGCAGUCUUACAAUCUCUUGAGAUAAGAAGGGUGAUAAAUAAGGCAGAAAAUGAAGUUGAAGGAAGAAAUGGAGGGAAAUCACUAGCUUAUCUUGUACAGGCAAUCUUUUUGGCUAACAACUCACAGUUAAUGCCAACCUGGGACACUCUUGGAUCAGUGAAUAACAGAGUAAAGUUUAGCAAAUGCAAACCCAUUAUCACUGAGUGCGGAAGAAAGCCCUUGACUUUUUAAAAAUCAAAUUAGUUGGUUAGCAGGUGAUUUGAAAGACCUCUGCUUGAGAUCCCAGAGAACUGUUGCCAGGCAGAGUAGACAGUACUAGACUAUAUAGAUCACGGGUUGUCAACCAGGUCCCUACCGCCCACUAGUGGGCGUUUCAGGAUUCUAGGUGGGCAGUAGGGGGUUCUGUGGUACAAACUGAAUCCUCCUUCCAUCGAGCACUGGUGGCCGGUAAGGAAAUUUCACCAUCAAGAAAGAUGCAGUAGUGGGCGGUAGGUAUAAAAAGGUUGACUACCCCUGAUAUAGAUAGACAAAUGGUCUGACCUGUUAUAAAGUAGCUUCCUUUCCUGUGUAUCGGCUGUUCUGCAUAGUGAGUCACUGUAACAUUAAUGUACAAUUGGUUUCUUCCAUUAAAUUAACUUUGCUCUCAUCUCAUAGUAUGCCACCCUCCAUGUGGCUCAGUGUGAACAAGUCCUCAGGAAAAAGGGGACUUACAGAGGUACCUCGGGUUACAUACGCUUCAGGUUACAUACACUUCAGGUUACAGACUCCACUAACCCAGAAAUAGUGCUUCAGGUUAAGAACUUUGCUUCAGGAUGAGAACAGAAAUUGUGUUCCGGAGGCAUGGCAGCAGCAGGAGGCCCCAUUAGCUAAAGUGGUCUUCAGGUUAAGAACAGUUUCAGGUUAAGUACGGACCUCUGGUAUGAAUUAAGUACUUAACCCGAGGUACCACUGUAUACAAAAUAAGAUGGACAGUUUAUCAAAAUACCAUGAGGCUACCACAUGAAACAAAAUAGCAUUCUGCUAAUUGUUUAGUAGGUUAAAACAGGUUUUCUGCAUUGUAAAGACAUGUUCUAGUUGUACUGUGGUGCUCCAUGCCAGAGAUGGGCCAUUACUAAAUGUGAAAAAGUAAAAGGGAUUUGUUUCUUUGGUUUCUUUACCUAGGAAUUGCUGGCAGGUGAAAUGUGGGCAUACCAUAUUUUUUGCUCUAUAAGACUCACUUUUUCCCUCCUAAAAAGUAAGGGGAAAUGUGUGUGCGUCUUAUGGAGCGAAUACAGGCUGUGCAGCUAUCCCAGAAGCCAGAACAGCAAGAGGGAUUGCUGCUUUCACUGCGCAGCGAUCCCUCUUGCUGUUCUGGCUUCUGAGAUUCUGAUUUUUUUUUUCUUUUUUUCCUCCUCCAAAAGCUAGGUGCGUCUUGUGGUCUGGUGCGUCUUAUAGAGCGAAAAAUACGGUAAUCUGUCUACAGUAGUGUGGCAUGUGCAAGCAGUUUAAAAAGCUAUUAUGCCACUUGCAGGCCAGUUACUGUGUAAGAUACAUAGAUAAAGGCUGCAAUCUUGAAUAUUCUCUCUUGAAAGAUAGGGCCCUAAAUUGGUAGACUUCACUUUUUACAAAAUAUGUUUAGGAUUGCAUGUAAGAAUCCUAGCAUUUAAAAUAAAAAAGACAGGAUCCCCCUACGACUCUGUACUAUAUUUGUUCUGUUACAUCUGAAUAACCAAGAAGACCUCUGUUUUCAUUGUAUUGGGCAAUAAAAAGGGAAGACUUUAGAGAGGUGCUGCUCAAACUAGCAGCUAGUUGUGUGUGUCAAGUUUGCUCCCUCUCAAUCCUUAACAUCUAGUUGCUGUGUUCACUGUUCUGACAUCUGCGUGGCAUUCAUUUCCUUGACACUGGCUGCAGCAGCCAAUGAUAUAUGGAGGUUGUUUGGAUGAUGCCAGGGCCCUGAGUAAGUUAUGAACAAUUUGGACUUCACUUUAAAAAGUAGCAAAGGGAAGGAAUUUGUCCGUGGUUGCUAUUUUGGACUGGAGUUUCCUGUUCCUUAUAACAUGUAGCUAUGCCCUCUCCAGCUUGGCUGACUGACUUUGUCAGCUACUAAGUGUAUGAGUCAUCUUGAGGUCUCUUUGGCUUCUUAAGGCAUGGAGAAAACCUUAAGAAUGUUGAGAGAAUAAUGUAAAAGUGCUGCAUGCAGUUCUACAACUGAAGCAAAUGAACCAUACUGUAUGACAGCUGCUGUGUGUGUGCCUGUGGGAGACGGAGCAAGAUAUAACUGCAGCUAUAUCACUGGUCUUCAAUUGGGGGAUUGAAACCCACUAGUGGGUUGUGUCCUGAUCCAAGCUAGAUCACAACAGGAGUGCUAGCGCCAUGGUAAAAGAUGCUUGUUUGAGUUAAAAGUGCGUCCUGGGUCUGAAAAGCUUGAAGAUACCUGCAGUACAUGAAUAGAUACAUAGACCAGGAUUCAGGUACAAAGCUUUUGUGGUUGACUUUAGACUUAAUUUAAGUUUCUCUACCACAAUUGGUAAUUCUGUACUCUCAGCCCAAACAAUUCAUUGUGAUCUUUUGAACUUGAAAUUGUUAUCAUUGUGCAAUUCAUUUUGAUCAGCUCCUCUGCCUAAUAGCUAAUACAUUUAUAGGUAUUUCAUUAAGGUUCUUAUAAAGACUGGUCAUUUUCCAGAAUUAUUCUCAAAAGUUCCAUUGCAGUCUUUUUUUCCUUCUCCUUUACACAGGUCACUUUGCCUGGGAUAGAUACUUGAAAGAGACAUGCUCCAUCCCUGCUCCUGCCCAUUGCUUCAAGCAGGUAAUGGAGCAUUCCAUGUUGUAAAAGAGUUGGGAUGAAGGGGGCAGCUUCUAGACAGCUCAUGGACAAGUGUGGAAUAAACUCCUGUGCCUUCUCUUUGUGGGGGAAGAGCAACCGAUGCAGGUACCCGGUUGUAAAAUAUAUAACAGAACAGAGCUUUUUAAAUAAAGGUGCAGUCACAUGACCUUUAAGGUUGGUGAAAGGCUCAGGAACCUUUGUUCACAGGUAGGUUUGAACAGGAACAUUAGAUUUCUCCCUGCUUGGACUAUGUAUGUAUCUGGAUCAUUGCAUGUGCUGACAUUAGUUUCCUUUAGGUCUAAAGUUACAAUGAAUGUUUGUUGUAGUUCCUUGAGUUAUGAGAUGAUUGUUUGGGCAUCAUCUUUGGCUACAAUUUUUAAAUGCUUUCUAAUGAAAGUGUCUGCCUUAUAGGUGAAGCCUAGACAAAAAUAUGUGAAUUUUGAAGGUAGUGCCUGGGUUUGAUUUACUAGCAAAUUGGGUUGGUAGGAAAUGGAGGCCCAAGAGUACAGUAGGACUCCAAGCCAAGGUUUAAGUAUUGUUGAAUGCAGACUAUCCCAAGUUUGAUCCUUGACAUGUCCAAUUAAAUUGGAUUAAUUUGGAGAUAAUUUGAAAGAACUCUGUCUGAUAGCCAGGUGUGUCAGCUUACCCACGCGAUUUAGGGGGCUGGCAACGUGCUGACACCACUAGUGUUUGAGGUGCUGAUGUGCUGUGCGCACACCACACAGCUUGCGCAAGUGAUGCAAAAUAUUGAUGGGACCCAGCCCCCUCCUUGAAAAUUUCAGGGGGACGUUGUCCCGUCUGCCCCUUCUAGAUGUUGAUAGCCCAAAAAACUACUAAGGCACCUUAACAGCCAACAAAUUUUAUUAUGGCAUAAAAUUUUGUGGACUGAAGGCCACUUUGUCAGGUGCAAGAUGAAGAGCUGCUGCCAGUCAAAGUAAGCAAUAGUGGGCUAGAGGGACUCAGAAAAGUCAGCGUCCAAUGACCUGAUCAAGGAGAUAAGCAUAGUGCUGUGAUGUUGUGCAAGCUCAGGAUUAACCACCAUUAACAAAGCAUGGCAGGUUGGCUUGAGCUCAUUUAGAUUUUUUAAUAGACAUAAACUUCUUAAUCAAAAAGUUCUCUAAGCAAUGUACUGUACAUAAAACAAUAUAAAACAAUUAUCAACAAUCCACAGAUAAAAUCAACAAAAUUUUAAUAGAAAAUAUUAAAUUAUAAGUGGAUAGACUUGGUUAACUAAAAAGGGUUUUAGCAGGCAUCUUGUACAGUAUGGCAAAAGUGCCUGCCUAAUGUUAAUUCUGAAAUAUAGGUGCUGCCACAGAGAAGGCUUUCCAUUUCUCUUGAAAGACAGAGGUGUUUUAUUUCCAAAGCAAAAAUAAUGGGAGAAGAAGAGAAUUUUGGGGUUUAGUGGCUGUAAGUGAAUGUUUUGGAGGAGAAUUUUUACCAUGUUGAUGACUGAAUUUCUUUCACUUCUUCCUCACCCUUGUUUCUCUUUCAUUGCCUACUGUGACAUCCAGUUCUAAUAUGCUCUUGGCAUUCAGGUGCUGGGAACAAUUCAGGGAAUAAGGAGGAGGUUUGGGAGGGAAGAAAAAUGUAUCACUCAAGUCACGCUGAAAGCCUUUUUCUCCUCAGUCAUACACCCCACCUUCCAAUGAAUUCAAGAUCAGCAUGAAGCUAGAAGCCCAGGAUCCCAGAAACACCACUUCCACUUGUAUUGCUACUGUGGUGGGAUUGACAGGUGCCCGUCUCCGAUUGCGCCUGGAUGGCAGUGAUAAUAAGAAUGACUUCUGGCGUCUGGUGGAUUCUGCAGAAAUCCAGCCUAUUGGCAACUGUGAAAAGAAUGGAGGGAUGCUGCAGCCUCCUUUAGGUGAGUUGAAACCUCGUUUGCCCCAAGGGCUACAUUUAUGCUAUAAUCAUGUCUUCUAGAUUCCAAGUGAUCAAAAGAGCUUUGGAAUUGCAGUAAACAGCGAUAUGACAUCUGAAUAUAUGAAGUGCUCUGGAGAAGGGAGGCUUACUUAGAGGUAUCUACUGUGUGCUCCAUCAUGUUUCUUCCCUGCCUGGUUUCCUCUAGGCCAUGGGUAGACAAACUAAGGCCUGGGGGCUGGAUCCAGCCCAAUCACCUUCUAUAUCCGGCCCGUGGAUGGUCUGGGAAUCAGUGUGUUUGUGUCCUUUUAUUUAAAAUGCAUCUCUGGUUUAUUUGUGGGGCCUGCCUGGUGUUUUUACAUGAGUAGAAUGUGUGAUUUUAUUUAAAAUGCAUCUCUGGGUUAUUUGUGGAGCAUAGGAAUUCGUUCAUUCCCCCCCGCCAAAAAAAUAUAGUCCAGCCCCCCCCCCCCAAGGUCUGAGGGACAGUGGACCGGCCUCCUGCUGAAAAAGUUUGCUCACCCCUGCUCUAGUCACUUGUGACUGACCACAGGUAGCCAUGCUAGUGGCUCGGCAUCUCUGAAUUAAGAGCAGAUUUAAAUAUGCAGAAGGACCCGUAAUACACUCUUCUGUACAAGUGUGCCUGAGGCUGUACAGGGCAGAUCUUGCUUUACUGUAGUUCACUGUCAAAAGUGACACAGCUGAAGUUUUCAGGAAAGUUCUUCUAAUUUCUCAGCAGAAUGGGUCCACAAUGGAUUACAAUAAGAGGGUUGUCUUAGCUGUGAUGUCAUGAUUAAGUCCACUAUAAAACACCAGUUCACAUUCUUAAAAUACUAUUGCAUUUAUUUCCAAGUUCUGCUUAUGUUACCUGUUAGAAAAUCUUGGUAUACUCAAGUAAUUGCAUCAACAAAAAGUCCAGCCAAUAGUAUGGUGCAAAUUAAGCUUCCUUAGACUCUCUCAAGAGAAAAAUUCCUUGAUUUUCAGUACAUUUGCUAAAUGUUAUGAUGAAGACAUCAAGUUACCUUCAUGAUGGAAGGAUGGACAGAACUGAAAGCUGCUGCUACGCUUUUUAUGGCCUCCACGUCUGUUUGUUGCAGGGUUUCGACUGAAUGCUUCUUCUUGGCCCAUGUUUCUCCUGAAGACUCUGAAUGGAGCAGAAAUGGCACCUGUUAGGAUUUUCCACAAGGUAUGGCCAUCAUCGUUCCCUGUUCUGAAGACAAUGUAGCUGGCUUUGAUGUGCUUAUGAGUUUGGUUCCCCAGUUGCCUGGAAGGAGUGGGGGUUGAGGCUUUGUUCCACUCCUCCUCAUUAACAAUACUCCUGUUAAGAGAAUAUAGAUAGCAAGACUCUAAGUUUCUGAAAGAAUGGAAGUGAAUGUUUGUAUGAAGUCCCUAAGUUUGAUGUGGCGGUGUCAUGAAUGGCACACUGAAUAACUUUACAGGUGGGGGUUUAUGUUGGCCAAAGUAGUAAGUCACAGAAGGAUUGGGUCUAGUCAGAAGGCAAAGUGGGAUCAGAUUCGGGGCAGGAGCAAGAUAAGAUAAGAACAAUAUGGACAUAAGCACAGAUGGAAAAUAGGGAUGUGAAAAGGCAAGAUUGAAAAUUAUAUUUGUGGAGAGUAAAAGGGAGAAAAUAAUUCAGCAAAAGGUUGGCAGCAGGGCAUCACAAGGUAUGCCAGAGGACCAAGGUUUGACAGGAUGGUGUAGGGGGCCAGAACUCUCAAUGUCCCCAUUUAGACAUAACAUUGAACCCUAGUUGUUUUUAUACUGAGGGUAAUCUUUCCCUGGUUACUGUAAUGCAGGGGUGGGGAAUAUGCUGCAUUCUAGAAGUUAUUGGGGAUCCCAUCUCUUUCCCAGCUAGCAUGACCAGUGGUCAGGGAUGUUAGGAGUUGUAGUACAGCAAUAUCUGGAGGACCUCAGGUUCCAUUGAACCAGGUUAAUGUGUGAUGCACAGAGUGCUACUCCUGCUACUACCUUGUCCUAUGUGCUUCCCCUCCUCCAGUAGUGUUCCAUACAGCCUUCCUUUGUUAUCCUUAACCAACCCUUCAUCAGGGUAACUUGGCUUGGACUUAGGAAAGACAAGUGUAUGAACUGCAGUUAGCAACUUCCUGGAUUAAGCUCCCAGUUUGAGAAGCUAGGUCGACAGCAGAAAAUGAAUGAAGGUACUGUUGUUUGAACGUAGAAUUUAACCUGGUUUAAGAAAAAUAAGCCAAAGUUCAACAUUGCAUCUGAACUUGGCCUGUGAUGCAAUUUAAGUUCUGUAAAUCAGCCCACCAGUAGCCUUUAUCUAAUUCCUUGUGCAGCAGCUGCUGGGAAACAAGGGCUAAUGAGUGCACUGCUAAGUCAGCAGAAUAGGUCUGUAAAGUAAGCCGUGUGUGUACAUGCACACAUAUGCGUAUUAAUUGCGUUGCAUCUGAUCCUUUUUCUUGUCCCUUCCCCCUCCUAGGAGCCACCAUCUCCAUCCCAGAAUUUCUUUAAGAUGGGGAUGAAACUGGAGGCUGUAGAUAGAAAAAACCCACAUUUCAUCUGCCCUGCCACCAUUGGUGAGGUGCGGGGUUCUGAGGUCCUCAUCACUUUUGAUGGCUGGAGGGGAGCCUUUGAUUACUGGUGCCGUUACGAUUCUCGUGACAUCUUUCCAGUUGGUUGGUGUUCACUGACUGGUGACAACUUGCAGCCCCCUGGAACGAAAGGUAAGAGUCCUAUCAAAGCAUUUCACCCCUGAAAUGGGCAAUAGUUGGCUAUGGACUGGCAACAUAUCAUUCUGCACAUAUGUUUGAUGGAGGGUUAUGUAUUUUGGUUUAACAUAGUUUUUAAAAAGUGAGCUAAUAUUUUGUUGGUGUUGUCUUUUGCACUCUCUGUUGUAGCAUUGGAUUCUGUGGACGUUUAUCAAAUGGGAUGCUUUGAAAUCUUCCCAGUACAUUCAUGGUUGUGGUGGAAGCUAUGUCAAGCACAAAAAUAUUUUGCCAUGUCUUCGUGCUUUCUCUCUCUUAAAGCAUAUUGCAGCUUAUGUUCUCCAUAGAUACUUCUCGUUAAGGCUGGCUCCUCACAGCAGCUUCCCAUAAUAUUGAUUGUACAUUACUGCAGUGAACUUUUGAAGCACUAAUUUGUAAAUCUUGGCUUGGCUCAAUCAGCCAUUGUUUGUAGUAGUUAUCAGCCUAUCCCCUGCAUCCUCUUAAAACAUGCAGAGACCAUAGGCAGAGUGCAUGAGUGCAUGUGUCUUGCAUUACACUGCACUUUGGAGUAGGCAGAAGUAAUGCAGAGAUCUCCCUCCUGUCCUCCAAGUCCUUGGGCAAACGUGGGGGAAGGCUGGUCAAAUGAGCUUCAGAGAAAGCUGAAGCUUCUCUUGGGUUAUCUGCAGUUUCAGAUAACUUGGGGGAGAGGAUCUGUGUGGUGCUGAUGCCCUGACAAGGGCAGGUGAGUGAUGGCAGAGGAAUCCCGGCUGGAAGCAUGCCCAAAAAAGGAUUGCACAGGACCAUGCAUAACUAUCUUCUUGUUCUAUGUUGUCUUUACCAACCCUGAUAAUCCCAUUAACUGUUCAGACUAGAGAAUGCCAGCAUAGGAAUUGACCCUACAGUUACUUGUGCUUGUCAACUCUACUGAACCAGAAGUUCAGGGGUGUCUCUUUUCCAAACUGGGCAGUGCUUAAGAAAAAUGCAGCUCUUUGUAUAUCAAUGAGCUCUGUUUUAAAAAAUACAUCUGGUAUCAGUUGAAAGGUGUGCUCAAUGUUGCUUUGUUACUGUUUCCACCCUCUUGAUUUAUAUUCUGGGUUUCUAAGGGAAUGUCUACUCCAGAGGUGGGGAACUGAAUCUGGGUGGUGGGUCAGACGUGGCUGGUGGGCCAACCCUUUGGGGAAAUGUGCAGCCUGCAAAGUGUUCCACAACACUUUGUCAGGUCUUGCAGCGUCCUUGCAGAGUGCUUUGCAAUGGACUCCACAAGACCUGACAAUUAAAAGACCACAUUGCAGAGCCCUUGCAUGGCGUGUUGCAAGACCUGAUGAUCAGCAGAUUGUCAGAUCUCCUGAAGCCCCUUGCUAAGCAGUCUGCAAGACCUAUCAGUUGAUUGUGGGGGCUUGCAAAGUCCUUCACACAAGGCUUUGCAAGUGGCUGCAAACCCCUUUUGAUGAUAUGUGUCCCAUACCAGAAGUUGCAUGACGUUGGGUGUAGGGCAAGUGGGUGUAGUUAGGCCGAAAUGGCCUUGCAGACCAAAUGGGAAGGCCUGAUGGGCCUUAUUAGACCCACGGGCUGGUGGUUCUCCACUUCUACAUCCUUUCCCAGACCAUGUCAGUUUCUGGAUCAUGGAACCCAGCAUACUACCACUGGCUACUCCACAGUCAGAGGCAGUAUGCUUGCGAAUGCAAGCUGGUGGAAACAGCAGGAGGGGAGAGUGUUCUGGGGCUCAGGUCCUGCUUUCCAAAGGCACCUUGUUGGUCACUGUGAGAAAAGGAAACUGGAUUAGAUGAGCCAUUGGCCUGAUCCAGCAGAUUCUUAUUAUGUUCUUAUGAAGAACAUUUAUUUCCUAUAUGCUAGGGUUACCUAGGUUGGCAGCAGCAGGGACCGAGCAAUGGGAGCUCACCCCGUUGCGGGGAUUCGAACCGCCGACCUUCUGAUCAGCAAGUCCUAGGCUCUGUGGUUUAACCCACAGCGCCAGCCAACCUAGCUCCAGCGGGAAGGUAAACGGCGUUUCCGUGCGCUGCUCUGGUUCGCCAGAAGCGGCUUAGUCAUGCUGGCCACAUGACCCAGAAGCUGUACGCCAGCUCCCUCGGCCAAUAAAGCGAGAUGAGCACCGCAACCCCAGAGUCGGCCAUGACUGAACCUAAUGGUCCGGGGUCCCUUUACCUUUACCUAGGGCUACCACAAAUCCACAUAUGACUCCUCUCAAAGCUUCAGCUAUUGCUUUAAGAGCUAAUAUUCCAGUAGCUAAGAUAUUAAAAUUAUAAUGGCUAGAAAGCAAGGUGUGUACUCAUGGGUUCUGGAGAUGUGAACUUAAUUUAACUAUUUAGGUUUUCAGCCCAUCCCAAUAACUUGACUUGGGUGUAAAAAAAAACCUCUGGAGUAUUUUUGCUUCUUUAGCACUAGAGGGAGCAGAGUAUCCACCUGUCCAUCUUCCGCUCACGGGAGCCACCAACUUCAGAUACAUAGUCUGCAUUCAGGUGUGGGAUUUAUUACGUUAGUUUUACUGAUUAUACUGCUAGUGCUUCUUUUCUGGUUCCUGGUGUUCCUUUUAUACUGCAUUACCUGUUGCAUUAUGGAACUGUGGCUGUGAUUAACAUGCCACCAUGUCAUGCUAUAUUUCAUUCACACCAGUAUCUGUGGUUGUCACAACUAAUAUCGCCACUCUCCCACUCUUUCUGUGCAUAUGCGCUUCUUUUCCCCUAUCAUGUAGUAUGCCAAUCAUCAUGUAGUAUGCCAAAAUACCUGCCAAAAUUUCAUUACAUGAGCAGUGGGGCAUGAUCUCUAAAAACUGCAGGAAUCUUACAACUCAAAACUCCCGUGAUUUUCCAGGUUGCCAAGAUUGCAAGCAGAUUUUUUUUUUCUGGAAACAAUUAACAUGGAAAUGAAUGCUAAACAUGGGCUAGAUUUCUAGAAUUGGCUUUUACUUGUGUGAAAGGUCAUAUAAAAUGCAAUAAUUAACAGGUAAGGAAACAUCAAGAAGAUGGAGUCAUAAAGUAAGCAAGUAGAUAACUUUCUGCAUCAUCUAGGUAGAGGCUUUUAUGUCUAGGGCCAAUGUGUAAGUCUUUGUGAUCCUAGUUCCUGAUCCUAGUUCCUAGUUCCUGAUCGUGUGUGCUUGUGUGUUUGCAUGUAUAACUACUAGGUUCUCCAUUUAAGAAGAUUCUGAAAUUUCUGGAAAGUUUUAGAAACCUCUGCUCAGAAAGUCGGAAGCAUGACUAAAGGAUUUUACUAAGUCCAUGUAGUUUCAUCCUUGCUUCUGUCAUCUAGUGGUACAUAUCAUUUAUUGGUACAUGGCAAUGCACUUGCUAAAUAUUUAGAACAUAGUCUUCUCUGAUAUUUAGGAGAAUAUUUGAAACCAUUUGAUCCCUUCAGAGCCACUGGAUCCCUUGAGAAAAUGAUCCCAGUUAGCCUCCUCUCUUAAUAUGUAGCUAGUUUUGUCGGAUAGUUAUUUUCAGAAAGAAGGGAGUCUGUCAACCCAACACCUCAAUACCCAUCUUUCAAAGUGGCCCAUUGUGGCAGCUGAUGGCCCCCUUACACACACCCCCUGCAUUGGCAGCUCUGGGCCUCAUGGAGUUCUAAUCAUUUUUGGCCUGUGGCCACUGAUUUCUAAUCCCACCCACCAAACUCCUUACACCAAAAUUACAAUAUUUUACACAAGGUUUUUGUCUGCACCAGUAUAUUUUCUUUACACACCCUUAUCUCUGGUAAUACACAAGUCAUUUUUAAUUGCCCAUGGUGAAAAUUUCCAGCUCACAGAAAUGGCAUUGGACAAUAGUGAUAAAGAGAAGAAAUCUGAUGCAGCAUCUGAUCAUCUGUGCUGUCUUGCACAGAGGCCUGUCUAGUCUUACAUAGGGGAUGGAGGAGGCGAUUAUAAGGAAACAAUGAUGAAAUUACAACAGUCGCCUAAGGCAAGUGGUGGUGGUUGUUGUCAGGUUUUCUGACAUUUUUACCAUUAACCUCCUAAAAGAUUAAAAGGGUAAAGAGUAACAUUCACCGAGUUUCUGAAUAUUUGCCACAUAUACCACUGGACCACAUCAUCAAGCUUUAAAAGGUAAAGGGACUCCUGACCAUUAGGUCCAGUCGUGACCAACUCUAGGGUUGGGGCGCUCAUGUCGCUUUAUUGACCGAGGGAGCUGGCGUACAGCUUCCGGGUCAUGUGGCCAGCAUGACUAAGCCGCUUCUGGCGAAACCAAAGCAGCACACGGAAACGCCAUUUACCUUCCCGCCGGAGCAGUACCUAUUUAUCUACUUGCACUUGGAUGUGCUUUCGAACUGCUAAGUUGGCAGGAGCAGGGACCGAGCAACGGGAGCUCACCCCGUCACGGGGAUUCGAACUGCCGACCUUCUGAUUGGCAAGUCCUAGGCUCUGUGGUUUAACCCACAGCGCCACCCGCGUCCCCCUCAUCAAGCUUUACUUUUGGGAUUUAACAUGACAAUAAUAAACCCUAGUGGAGCUGGACAGCGCUAAUGGAUAUUAAUGUAUAUGUCGUUUUAAUCUGUGUAAGCUGUGUUGAGUCCCCGUUUGAGGAAAAGUUGGGAAAUAAAUAAUAUUACCAUUACAAAAAUGGAGAGGAAGUUUCUUGGAUACAGCAGCCGAGUGGCAGGACUGCAAGAGUUAACUGUCCUUGGGCAGACUGUGAGCCAGAGGCAGUCUUCCACUUUAUCAGGAGAUCUGGAAUGCAGAGGAGUGGAGUUUCUGCCUUGGCACUAUCCCAGCUGGCAGGAACGCACUAAGAACUUGCCAAGCAAAGGAGACCUAAGAAAGGAUGCACUCCCUUCAUUGCUGUGCCAAGGGCGAUGAACGUUACUGUGGGUACAGCAGAGAUCAUAAUUGCAGACGCUUGCCCCAGUUUCCUUUGUUCCCGUUAAUGCAGUCAGCCUUUUCAACACAACUUUACUCUGCUCAGCAGGCAAGCAAAAGUUAAUCGUUUUUAAGUUGCCAUGGAGAUGUGUUAAGUGGCACCAUACAUUCUUCUUGUAUUUGUCUGCCAUUUUUUCCAAACAAUUGUGUACAGAUUAAGGGCCCGGCAAGCUUUACUUCAUUUGCCUGGAAGGGAGAACAGCUUCAGGUAGAAAUUAAGGAAAGUGGCAUCUAUGUAAGAAGACCUGUAAGCGUCUACACCACCUCUUCCAUUUAGGGUAGCGUGCCUUCAGUUGGACUACUAGGAGGUGAAUAAGUCAAAGUGACACUGUAGAAUUGCCUCUGACGGAAAGGUAACAGAUUUUGACAUUUGUUUUUAGUUGUAUUUCUAGUGUUCAUUGCUUGUGUCCUCUUUGAAGCAGAAUCUUGGGGGCUGGCUGACUUAUGUGGGAGCAAAAGAUUCAAUGUUGGGAGUUAAGUGGUUGUUCUUUAGUCCUUCCUAGAAAGAGAAUAUCAUUUCUAGGCAUUUGGCUUGCAGCUGAAUACGAGUGGGAAUUCUGUGAACAGGCAGCUUUCCAAACCUUGUGGGCAAGCUGUUGUCAGACUGUUUUGUACUGUACCCACUGACUACUUCAGAGAGUUAAGUCCUUGGACAGUGUUAGAAUGACAGAGGGUAUGGGUGUGUUUAAAAUAUUUUUAUGCUGCCUUUCAGGGAAACUUCCACAGUAGUUUACAAAACGAAAUACAAAAUUAAAAUACAAUAAAUUACAACAUGCUUAAAAUAAUACAGUUUAAAAUAAGGGAGAACAGAAAUGUCUUUAGCUGGUACUGACAGGAUGUUGGCAUCAGGGUGGCUUCCCUUGCAGUGGAAUUCCACAAAGCAGGCUCUGCUCUUUAGUUGCUACCUGCCUUAUCUUGACUGGUAGGGAAACCUGGAGCAGAGUCUCUAAAACAAACUCAAGGUUUGUAUACAAGCAAGUGUCCACUUAGGUACCUGGGUCCUAAGCUGUCUGGGGUUUUAGGACUAAGAAGCAGCACUUUAAAUUUGUUUGGAAACAGACUGUAGCCAUUUGAGUUAUGAGUGGUUGCAGUCAGCUGCCCAACAUUCUUUAAAGUCAACCCUACAUAUAUUGCAUUACAGUAGGUGGUCCAAGAUAGACAAUGAAAAACUGUGGCCAGGCAGUCUCUGUCCACAAAGGCCACCAGCCUAAGCUUUAAAAAAAAGGGGGGGGGACUGCUUGGCACAGAAGCUACUCAGGCCUUCAGUGUCAAAAGUUGGAUCAAGGAGCCAGAUCUGGAGUGAAAACUUUAUCCAUCUCUUUGAACAAACUACUUACCUAACUGCAGAACCACCAUCUUGCCUGGAUCAAGCUCCUUUGUUUGGCCCUCAUCCAGCCCUCUAUGAGUGUGAGCAAAGGCAGAAUUAGAGCUAGAUAUCAUCAACAUGUUGAUAGCACCUCACCUCAAAUCCCCAGGUGACCAAGGUUUCAUAUAGAUAACAAAAAGCACGGGAGACUAGAUGGAACCUGCAGAACCCCACAAACACCCUGAGGCUGAGAAGUAGUUCCCAGGCAUAAACUUAAAUCAGUGUUCCCAUGGCACAUUAUGCCUCUUAACUCCCAACCCCGAGAGCCUAUCCAGAAGUAUGCCGUGGUCAGUGGUAUGGAAAGACUAGAGGUCCAGGAGAAUUAGUGAGAUCUGACACCUCUGCCCCUUUCCUCUGUUGGAAAGGCACUUCUCCCAGCAGCUUGCUAAACUGCUGGAUGAAGGACCUCUCCACCCCUCCAUAUUAAAUGUCACUGCAGGUGUGCUGAGGGGGCAGGUGCUUUGCACCUCACCUCUGCUAAUAAGCAGCUUGCCUGGGCCAGCCUACUGUUCUUCAUGCUGUAGUUGGUUUGGCUGCCACACAUACUACAAAACUUGGGGCUCUAUGUUCUGGAACUGACUACAAAGCAUCUGGAAACACAGCUAACUUCAAAACAAGUGUUGUCAAUAAACAAGCCAGAUUCUUGGGUAGUGCAAAGGAUGGGGUUGUCGUACUUAGCACUAAUUUCCAUGAUUCCCUUAUAUGUUGGAGGGAGGAACAGGUUUUUCAUAACUUGCCUCUUUUUGAGCAGCAGAAAGGUUAGGAGAUACAAAAAUGCAGGAUCUUGUAAUAAUUAGUAAAAGGAAACCAACAUUUAGUGCUGUAACCUUAAAGAAACAGAAAGAAACCUCAUGAGAAUAGUUGGAAAGGCAUAAGAUAAGGUUGCUCAAAAUGCAGCUAAUAAAACAGGAUUAUAUGAGAGUAUCUUAUCCCUAAAGUAUGCUUCACAAAUGAUCUUGUCUCAGGGUUAGGGGACUGCUAACAUAAGAAGAGACCUAUUGGAUCAGGCCAGAGGCCUAUCUAGACAUGCAUUCUGUUCUCAUGGCGGCCAAAUUGAUGCCUUGGGAAAUGUGCAAGCAGAUGUGAGUGCAAAAGCACUCUUGCUGCUUGUGAUUUCCAGCAACUGAUAUUCAGAGCCAUAUUGCCUGCAACAGCAUACUACCUCCAAAAGAGAUGUUCUGGCUAGUAAGCAUAGGUCGCCCUGUCCUCCAUGAAUUUGUCUAGUUCUGUUUUAAAGCCAUCCAAUUUGGUAGUCAUCUUUGCAUGUUGUGGGAGCGAAUUCCAAAGCUUUAAUUGCACACUGUGUGAAGAAGUACAGUUCUGAUCUUCCAGCAUCCAGCUUCAUUAAUUAGCCCCAAGUUACAGUAUUUAGGGGAGUAGAAUUGUCCCCAUCCACAUUUGCCCCCAUAACCUUGCACAGCUCUGUCAUGUCUUCCCUGCCUUUCCUUUUUUUGAAAACUAAAAAGCCCCACCAAAUGUUGUGAAUUUUCCUCACAGGGAAAUUACUCCGGCCCCAUGAUGAUUUUGAUAGCUCUUUUGUGAACCUUUUCCAGCUCUACAAUGUACUCUCUCUCUCUCUCUCUUUUGUUAAUGUUGGAACUGCUUAGUAGGUGAACAUUUGAGGGCAUGGUUCUCUGGUUUCCCCUUGUGAUUUUCAUUUCAGAAGAGCUUUUAUGUUCCAAGCAGGCCUCUUGGAAGCUAUAACACCUCUGAACAACUAUCUUAGAAAAUACCAUAUUAUUGGAUUAGUGGCAAUUUAAACAAAAUAAAGUUUUUCUGUAAAUAAACAUACAGUUUUCUUGGAAAGGAAAUACUUGUUUUUUGUUGUGAUUUAUGUCUAGUCUUGCAUAACAAUAGUCAAGGUUAUAGAUUGCAGUGGAGUUUCCGUAUGGGCUGUAUGGAACUUCAUGAAAGAGUAGUUGAAACGGUCUCAUUUUUCUUAGAUUGCGUCCAAGAGCCUUUUUUAUGAGCAAACUGCCACAGAAAAUGACUUUUAGAUGGCUGCCAAUAGGAACUGAACUUUCGCCUGGCCUUUGAGGCAGAUUUCGAGCGUUAGCAGUAUAUUGGACAUGGCCCUUGGAACUGUCUUGGGGCUUAUCUAAAUUGCAAUUUAUCACAGUUCAGAUUGUACAAUGUUGGCUUGCACCACACCCAUAUAUUGGCUUGAAGCAAUGUAUAGUGACAUAUCUCAUGCUGCAAGUCUAAAUCACCCUCUUUAAAAGAAAACCACAUAAAAAUGUAGCAUAUGCGGCCAGAACAGCAAAGUCUGGUAACCUCUUAAAAUGUGGUGUUGCAGAAGCUUUCUUGGGUCACGUGUAACAAAGUGGGCUGUGGCCCAUGAGAACUUCUGCCAUCAUAUGCUUGCUCACUGUUUUUUAAGGUGCCACCAGACUGCGUUUGCCGCAACAGAUUAAGACUGCAGGUCCAUACUCACAUACCUGGGAGUGUGCCUCAUCGAUCUCUACUCCCAGUAGAUCUUACUUCUGAGUAGACUAGCACAUAGGAAGUUGCCUCAUAGCAAGGCAGGUCAUUGAUCCACCUAACUAGUAUUGUCUAAACUGACUGACAGCAACCCCCCAGGGUUUCAGACUGGAGUUUUUAACCUGAGGAUGUCAGGGAUUGAACCUGUUACCUUUUGCAUAUCAGGCAAGUGCUCUACCACUGAGUUGCGGCUCUUCUGUUGAGUGUACAGUCGAAUACGCAGAUGUCCAUGAAAGUGUUUUUGAAUAAGUCUAUGUUGGUACCUGAUGGUCUUCUCUCUCCUUUUUUGUGGUAGUGGUGAUUCCAAAGAGCCCAUUCCCCCCUGUGCCUGAUGUGAUCUCUGAAAAAGGCAGCAUGCACAGUGGCACAAAGACUCUCCUGGAACAUCAGCCUGGACAAAGGGGACGCAAACCUGGUCGUAAGCGAGGCCGGACGCCCAAGGCUCUGACCAACCACUCCACUCCAACCCCCUCCAAAGCUGUGGAGCCUUUGAAAUUCCCCAAGAAGAGGGGACCAAAGCCUGGCAGUAAGGUGUGUGUGUAUUCAUGACUUUACAGUUAGUGUGUGCUUCCUCAACUAGGAGCAGUUCUACUUAGGUACCUUUCAAAAACUAUUCAAGCAAAUAGAUCUGUAGAAUCAGGUAUUGGGGGGGUCAUAGUUCGGUUGUUGAUCACAUGAUUUCUUGAACAUCCUACGUUCAUUUCCAUUUAAAAGCAUCCAAUAUCAAGUAAUGGGAAUGUCAUCAUCUGAGAGACCCCAGAUUGCUGGGCUAGAAGCACAAGUAGUCCAAUGCAACUUUCCAUCUUCAGUACAAUUUCAAGCUGGCUAGAGGUGCAACUGAGGUCUGAAAGUACCCAUUUCAUUUCUAAAACGAAGGUGUUGGUCUGACUAGUACCUGGAUGGGAGGUUGCUUUUGAGCUCUUCAGAGGGUGGGCAGGAUGGAAAUGUAACAAACUAAUAAAGUUUGUCAUUUUAAAAUACCUGUCCCAUUAUCAUUUGUAACUGAAUUGUUCAGGCCCCCUUACUUGUUGCUAUUAUCUCAAGUUAUUCCCCCCCCCCACCUCAUGCACCAUUUCCUCCUGGCUUCCUUGAAAUUAGGUCCUCAGUGCCAUGUUAUCCACUUUGGUUUUUUCCUUUUGCCUGUUUAGAAUGAUUUUUUUUUAAUUUAAAGUUUAUUAAUAUUAUCUCUUUCCUUUUUUUUUGCAGAGAAAACCUCGAACUUUACUAAAUCCAGCCCCAACCUCCCCUACAACAAGUACUCCCGAACCUGACACUAGUACAGUACCACAGGAUGCAGCAACCAUCCCUAGCUCUGCUAUGCAGGCCCCUACAGGUGCGGAAUGCAUUUCAUCCUCUUUCUUGGGUGCAAUAUUUCUUUAUGGGGGGCAGGAAUUAGAAGGAAGUUAUUUUAAGGUAAUAUACAAACUAAAGCUGGUAAUACAUAUAUAUGACCCCUUCCAUUUCUGUCUAUACUGGUGGAGGGAGUGGAAGACUUAAGAGGGGGAAAUUGCUCAGUUUCAUUUUACAGUCACAUUUUAAAAAAUACUGUUCUGUGAUGGGAGCCUUUUGAUGCAGCAUCAAAAUCGGUCCUCCGGUAUUUAGACCAGCUAGAUAAUUGGCCCUUGGGGUAAAAGGGUUUGGGAACUGUCUGACUCUGGAAGGAAGCUGUUCGGAACGUCAAGUGAUUUUUUCAGUGGAGCAGACCUACCAAGUUAGUAACUGCGCAGUCAGUUACAGGCAAACCAGAGUCCAGUUAUUAAAGGCUUCUGCCUUUCCCCCUCACAGUUUGCAUCUACUUGAAUAAGAAUGGUAGCACUGGGCCUCACCUGGACAAAAAGAAAGUCCAGCAGCUGCCUGACCAUUUUGGACCAGCUCGAGCAUCUGUGGUGCUGCAGCAGGCAGUCCAAGCUUGCAUUGAUUGUGCUUAUCAUCAGCAUACUGUCUUCUCAUUCCUGAAGCAAGGCCAUGGAGGCGAGAUCAUUUCAGGUAAGGUCUGCCUGCCCUACCCUGUUUUGAACAGUGUCCUCCAGGGGAACACUUCUACAAGUUACAGCCCAGUUGUCGUGUUCUCAAGACUAUCUCAAUGUAUGCAAGAAAAGACAGUCAACUGCAGUGUGGCUCCAUUGGCUUCAUUAGGCCAGGGUCAUUUUCCCACUCUUGCUGGGGUACAUUGCAAGUAUUUAAAGCAGCAAAACGUGCACCAAGAGGUGUGUUGCUGUUUUUUCCCUUUGAGGCAGUAGGAAUUCCUUUUCUUCCCACACUCUUGUGCAGUCUCUCUUGAAGUUGGUGGAUCUACUUUCUUAUUUUAUACUUAAUCAUGAAUGGCUACAGCAGUUAUUCCAGGGGGUGUGGGCAAAGUGAAACAAUGAAAGGAGUCAGUGGCAGGGUUUGAUUAAACACAUCCAACUAAGAAAACAAGUUCAAAGAUCAAGAAACAAUAAUAUGAAAUAUAAUUGAGUGUAAGAUGUAAUUAUGAAAGAAAAUUCGGUAUAAAAUCGAUAAGAAAAUAAGAGCAGUUAGAUAUAAGAUCAUAAAAAUAAGACAACAAUUAAGCAGUAGUAGUAAAUAUUUUAAGAACCUGAAGGGGAAGUUGAGGGAAGUCAUGGGAAGGGGUAUUUUUAUAUGAUAAAAGUUAUAUUCUGUUAUAUGGUUUAAUAUUGUAAAAUUCAAUAAAAAAUUUUUUAAAAAACAACAAUGAAAGGAGAAGGCUAGUUUCUCACAAAAAUUGAGGAGAAUUGUGCCUUCACAUUUUGCCUUAUAACUCAAGUUUUACAAAAGCUUUAAAAAGAAGAAGCAGAAGAAAGAAAUCUGGGAAUCUGGAAGUUAUCUGGGAGAGGGGACCUCCUCCUUCAUGGAUGCUCAUGUACUUACUUUACUUAUAGAUCACCUUUCAUCCAAACAGGAUCACAGGGUGGUUUGCAAUGCAAUAAUAAAGCAAUGUAAAUAUAAUCCAUAAAACCACCAGCCACUGAACAUUAAAUAAAAGCAGGUGUUUGCUUGAUUUCAUUUAACCUGAAAAUCUAAAAUAAUCAAUUAAAAGCAGACCCCUGAUGGAAUCAGUUCUAUUAGUUCAAAAAGUAAAUUGGAAUACUAUAAUUGAGUGGUAUUCAAUUAAAUUUUCGAGUCUAGACGUGUUGAAAUUAACAGACCUAAUUUAGCUAUGUUCGCUAAUUUCAGUGGAUCUGAGUAAAACGUCUUUGAAUGCCACCCAUUGUAUUUACUCAUCUAAGGCAUGGUAGAUUCAUCUACAGUUGCUGCAGCUUCACAUUGUGAAGGUGUUUGUAAUCCUCAAAAAGCAAGAUUUAAAUAUUUGUGUUUGAUAUUUCAGAAGGCAGUUGUUCUCAUAAGUAUUUUGCGAAACCCAUCUCUCUGCUUUCCAUGCAGACAAUGCUCCAGAGGUAGGUAGGUAGGUAGGUAGGUAGGUAGGUAGGUAAAAUCUGCAGUUAUUUCAUAAAGAUUGCUGCUUCCAUAAUUGCUAGCUUGUGCUUAGUCUAGUGGAAGCCAGGAAAAGUUGUGGUUCUAGUCAUUCAGUAAACUGAAUUGCAGGAGGGGUCUAUGUGAUCCAGCAAUCCCAGACAACCUGUUAGACUUUUAUAAUUUGUCUUUGUUCUCUUUCCUCCGCCAGCUGUGUUUGAUCAUGAGCAGCAUACUCUGACCUUGCCAGCAGUCAACAGCAUCACCUAUGUCCUCCGCUUCCUUGAGAAACUCUGCCACAACCUACGUAGCGACAACCUCUUUGGGAACCAGCCAUUUACUCAGCAUCAUGUGCAGCACUCACGCGAGUACGACCACGACAGGUACCUACCAGGUAGGAGUUGGGGCUAAGAGUUGUUCCAGUAUAUCUCUGCAGAUUGGGAAGGUUUUACCAAACAAAAUGCAAUAUCACAGAUAUAUUUAUUCUCUGGGCAAAUGCCUUUUGGGGUGUGUGUUUUUUCUUGGGUUCAUUCUGCCUGCAGGCUGCCUCUUUUGUACACUACUCCAAAAUUUGAAACGAAAGUUUCAUUAAACUUUUUAUUUCCCCUGACAAAGAACUGGAAGUGUUUAAGAGCACUUCCUUUGUAAGCAGGGCUGGGUGCACUGUGUGAUGAGACACCUCAGAUUCUGUGCUCUGAAUACAUUAUGGUAAACCUAUAAACGUAGUGGUGGCCUUAGAUUACUGUGAAGCAUUACAAGGGUUUGAAUGGCUUUCCUAUGUAUCUGCUACUCUCUGGAUCCCCAAAACACCCAUCACCCAUUCAGGAACUAGGUCUUUUGCUGAAUGGUGCUUGCAGUCUGCAUAACAAGAGCCAUCCGGAAGAGUUACAUGAGACAAGUUCUGCUGGCCAGUCACCAUGUCUCAGAACUGCCAUGGUAAUUCAUUGGUUACUUGGAAAGGUGGAGAUAGAGGUUACUGUCAGAUAGAUAGAUAGACAGAUGAUAGAUAGAUAGAUAGAUAGAUAGAUAUGCAGGCACUGGCAAAAAAAAGCAAGGCUUAGGGCUAGACAUAAUUAUUCUUUUCCCUGUGCUAAUUGUCCCAUAUGUCACUGGGUGGUUUCUAUCUUUAGGAAUUUGACACAUAGAAGUCAGCAUUGUGCAAAAGAAAAUGUGCUAAUGAUAUAAUGGACGGGCUGUAUCUAUUUCUGUGAGUUUGAACACUCAGUUUUUUCAGGUUGCACCCUACCGCUGUUCAGAAAUGUCAUACAUAGACGUGAACUAACUUCACACUUUUAGUCAUGCUCACUGAAACUAAGACACCCAGGUUCCCUACAGUCAGCCAAUAUAUUUGAGAACCAUUUUGAAAAGCACCGUCCAGCGCAUCUACUGCCACACCUGCAGUUGUAAAGGAGUAGAGCUGUGUGUCAUCAGCAUAUUGCUGACAAUGUACUCCAAAACUCCUAGGUCUCUGUGGUCUAUUAAAACAGUGCUGUGAAAAAUUUGAGCCUUGAUUAAAAAUGUUCAGCAGUUUCACAUUCAGAAGAACUGAAGUAAUAUCAUUUCUUUUCCUAAAUUGCGCACACGCUUAAAAGGUAAAAGAAUGGCUUGAGAACAGUAUGUGAAGUGCCACUGUCCCUUUCAUAAGCCUUCCUUUAUUGAAUGGACCAAAGUGCUGGCAGGUAUUAUUUAUUUUGAACCAACUAGAUUCCAAAACAUUGGUGCAGUUUGCAACUCUGAUGUCUGUUGACUGAGGUACAGGCUUCCACGCAUAGUGGAAGUUCUGGUGAUCUUGGGCAGGGCUGAUUCCCAAGGAAGAUUCUGAUCCUAAGCAGGGCUUGUUCUCUCUUUCUAGACAGGAGCAUUUCGUUAGAUGUCUCUCUACUGGGACCAGGACGGGGUGCAAAGAGAUAUUUACAAGAUUCCCCUCCAUACAGUGCUCUCUCCCCCAAGUUACCAAAGAAUGACCAUCACCCUUUGGAAGGUGAGCACAGCAUCUUUUUCCCAGCCUGGCUGUUAAUAUUAAUUAUGAAUCAGCAGCAUAGGUUGAUGGAGAUGUAUGAAGACAUAUAGCAGCUCCAAAUCUAGCAUGCUUCUAUCCUGGUCAUUCAUUGUUUAAGGUAGCUUUUGCCAACUUGGUGGUCUCCAGAUACUUUAGAUUACAGAUUCCACCCCCCACCAGCAUGGCUGUUCUGACUGAGGCUGAUGGGAGUUGUAGUUCAAAACAUCUGAAAAACAUCAGAUUGGCAAAUGUUGAUUUAGGGCUAUCAAGACAGUAACUUCCUGCCCUUUCUAUGUCUAUUCUUGAAUCUACAAUUAGGAUUGAAGGUAGUGUUUCAGGGAAAGGGAAGUACCUCCCUUCCGCACCUUCCAGUGCUGGAUUGAACAGCCUGCUUGGUCCCUGUUAGCUGUGCGCACCAUUGAGGGGUGAAGCAACCCAACCCCACAUAUUUGAGUUGCUGAAACCACUCCUGGCCCCCCAGACUUUUCUGACCAGCUUUUUUUUUUUUGAAUUAUUUUUUAUUCAUUUUACAAUACAAAAAUAUAAAAACACACAACACAAUUUUUCACAAAUACAUUUUUUGGAGUUCCCUCAGCUCUUCUGCAAAUCCUCCGUUUUAGUCCUUCUUCCGCAUUUCUUAAUCUAAUAUUGCCUUUUAUUAAAUACCUUCUCCCUCUUAUUCCCUUUUUUACAAUAUUUCUAAUAUUAUUUUCACAGAGCCUCUUGCAAACCUACAAACGUUAAUUGUUCAUCGCAAAUACUUUUCAAAUAGUCUACAAAUUUACUCCAGUCUUCAGUGAAUCUGUGGUCUCGUAGGCCUCGGAUCCUUCCUGUUAGUUUAUCAAGUUCUGCGUAUUCCAUUAACUUCAUUCUCCAUUUUUUCUGACCAGCUCUUACUGAAUUUUGAGAAAGUCAAGACAGGGGAAAGGGGAGUUUCUUUCCAUCCCUUCAAGCAGUCUCUACAUUUCCUGAAGCCGCCUGCUUUUUCUUAUACACAAUACAAUUAUCCAGUUGUCUUCAGACAAUCCAAAUGCAAUGUUUACAACAUGACUUCUUUCCACAAUAAGUUUUGUUUGGCAUCACACUUUGGAGCUGGAAUCUUUCCCUAGCUCCAUACUGUUUUGUUCCUCACAGCAAAUGCAUGCAAGUAUGGAGCUGCUGGAAUUUGGCUUGCAAAGAGCUUUAUAAUCCUUGAGUAGCAAUUGGAGCUGAAUCUACUGUAACCCCUUAUGAUUAUUAUAGCUUUUAUUAUUAUAUAGUUUUGAUGGUUUUAAAAGUGUAUUAGACAGAUUCAUCGAGAACAGGUCUAUCCAUAUGUUCAGAAGUAACAUACUGCUGAAUGCCAGUUGCUGGGGAACAAUAGCACAAGAGGGCUAUUGCUUUCAUGUCCUGCCUAUGGGCUUCCUGGACAAUGAUGUGCACGAUGGGCCCUUGUUAUGACCCAGCUGGCAUCUUAUGGAAGUUUCUUUCUCUUUCUGGCAAGAGUUGGCACUGUAGGUGGGAGACCAUCUGUAAUGUCCUGUUGCGUGACCCUACAUCUGCCAUCCUACUGGUACUGUUCCCCAGGUAUACUGCCCUUGGAACAAUAUUCCUGAAAACAUUGUUCAGCUCAAUGAUGCUGUGGGAUUAUCAAUACAGUAGAGGGGGCGGGGCUGGGGCGGUCCAGAUGUUAUGGGACUCCAGCUCCUGUCAGCCCCAGUCAACAUGACCAGUGGUAAAGGAUGAUGGGAGUUGUGGUCCAGCUACAUAUGGAGGACCAGUGGUUCCACACUCAUGCAGUAGAGAAUGGACAAGGCCCUUCUACCUUUUUUCCAGUCUGCAGUCCAGGUUUAACCCUUGCAAGAGCCUGCUAGGAAUUAUUCACGAAUGCAGAUACUGAGCCUGUUGCACUCUCAGUGAAGUUCAUUUCUAAUGAUAGGAUUUCACAGGAAAAGCAGGCAGACAGAGGGUGGAAUUCUGCAUCACACUCUUCAGUCAUUCAGUCUGCACAAGCGUUUCAACUUGCCAGAUGGAACAAUUCCACCUCACUAUCCUCACCCCAAGGACGCGGGUGGCGCUGUGGGUAAAACCUCAGCGCCUAGGACUUGCCGAUCGUCAGGUCGGCGGUUCGAAACCCCGCAGCGGGGUGCGCUCCCGUUGCUCGGUCCCAGCGCCUGCCAACCUAGCAGUUCGAAAGCACCCCCGGGUGCAAGUAGAUAAAUAGGGACGGGAAACGGCGUUUCCGUGUGCUGCGCUGGUGCCGGCUCGCCAGAGCAGCUUCGUCACGCUGGCCACAUGACCCGGAAGUGUCUUCGGACAGCGCUGGCCUCCGGCCUCUUAAGCGAGAUGGGCGCGCAACCCCAGAGUCGGACACGACUGGCCCGUACGGGCAGGGGUACCUUUACCUUUAUCCUCACUCCACCCCCAUGUUGUUCUGGGGGUUCUCCCAAACACUACCUUGAACUCAUUGCAGGGACACACAGGGUGGAGAGAUGGGGGAAAGCCCUGUUGCACAAACAUAGGUCCUUGCCCAAGGCUGCCACAGACAUAACUGGUACAGUGAAUCCAGCCCAGAUGCUGAGGGAUCAUUUGGACUGCACUUCAUGUACACCGAGUUUAGUAGCAAACAGCUUGGAGUACAGAAAGAUCACUUUUUUAUCAUUGUGGUAAAGGUUUCCCUCUGUCACCUGUAGUAUUGUCUCCCCCACCCAUCUGCCCACAGGAUUUAGUUUAAAACUCUCCAUAUCAGGUUUGCAAGACUCUUAACAAACACAUUCUUACCAACCACUGUGAGGUGUAACCCAUCUCUUGCCAGAAGUCCUUCCUCCAGGAAGUGGAGACCAUGGUCAAGAAGCUAAACCUUUCCUGAUGACACCACCUGUGCAGCCAGAGGUUUACUUCUAGUAUUGUCCUCUCCCUGACCCAUGACCGUCAACAGGAAAGAGUGAUGAAAAGACCGCCAGUGCCCUAUGGCCCUUCAGCGUCCUACCCAGAGUUUUAUAGUCCCUUGCUGAAUGUCAAAGGCUGUGUCUGGCAGUAUCGCUUGUACCCAAAUGAAUCAGAAGGAAAAAGUUUUGUUCAGUGGGCUUAUCAAACUCAGCAACCUCUGUCACAUUGUGAAUCGUUGUGCCUGGAAAACGGCACACCUCCCAGGACAUCCUGUUAUCACUGCACACUGCUGCCGCUGUCCGCCUCAGUAGGGAGUCACCUAUCACUACCAUGUCUCUUCCUCUUAUGGGGUAUGGUAGCAAUUGUUCCGAACACUGUGCCUUCCACAGCCCCUGGAAGAUUGACUCAAAGGGGAUGCGGCCUUUGAGCUGGAAAGAGUUCUCUUCCCUACCCCUGCUAACUUUUUUUAUGAUGCUCAAACUAAAUGAUGAAAUGUAAGUAGCAAUAAGUUUGGAUUAGUGAAUGAAACUGGCAGAGAAGGGGAGGCCACCAAAAGGACUGGAACUCAGUUGUGAGCAAAGUGAUUACCCCUCCUCCUUCCCUUUGUUCUUUUCCUGAUUUUCUGUCUGGGCAGAAGCUGGCUGUUUCUGUGGUUUGGAUGUUCUGCGUACUUUGCAGCAUUGUGGCUGGUGGCUGCACUUCUCUCAUUAGUUGGUUGUAUGUCUUCCAGGUGAAACGUUUGUUUUGAGUGAUGGCCUGCCAGGUCCCUUGGAGCCACGCCUAGACCCCAUGGACUCCGCCUUGAAUGCUGUCAGUGCAUCCAGUCCCAGCAGGAAUUCAAGAGACUACAGACUUCAAGGAUACAGGCACCUUCACCAGCCCUCCAGUCUUUCUCAGUGCAGUACCUCUGCCUUGCAUAGACUUAGUGCCGGGGGUAAGGGCAAUUAGAACAUCUCUUCUCUCUAAUGAAGUAUCCCUAGCUCCAUUCUUGUGUUUCCAUGCAAUGUAUUAUUUCCCAUGCAUGAUGGAAGAGAAGGGGGCAGCUAGUGACAUGCAGCAUUGUUCACGUGAAAGUGGCUCUUUGCAAACUAACACUGACAAAACGGGUGGCAGUCUUUUGAAAAAAGACCAUCUGGAAAAAUCAUGAGCCCUGCAGUAUCCUGUCAUGCCAGGACACAAAUGUGUUUGGGUUUUGUUGAUUUGUUUCCGUUGUUCCCUCUAGGCUCUGACAGAUACCUUGCUCCUCGAGACACCUCACGGCUGGGCAGCCGAGACCCAUCUGGCUGGACAGUGGAAGAUGUCAUGCAGUUUGUGAGGGAGGCUGACCCACAACUGGGACCCCAUGCAGACCUCUUCCGAAAGCAUGUAAAUAUAACCAACACCAUGGGUGAUUUGUGGGGGGGGGGGUGUCUCUUUCACAGUCACUCUCUCCUGCUGCUCCAAGAAUCAUGGCACAAGCACUCACAGCCACCAUAAGGCAGUCUUUAACAAAGAAGCCUUACUUUUUACCAAACUUCCUUUGUACCAAGUGCCUUUCCCCUUGGGAAGCUUUGGUCCUUGUCUAGUCAGAGGAAGCAAAGCUCCAGCAGGGUGGAUGUGCUUGAUCAUCAGAUGUAGAGCAAAGACCAAAGCACAAGAGAUCAUCUCUGCUGCAUGUGUCUCACUGAGGGCUCAGCUUCACAAGUAUUGUAUGACAGCCAUCUUGGUUUGCACGUCUUGUGCAGAUCUGUGCAACUGCCCUAUUGAAAGCAACAUACCUGACUGGGCAGAAUGCCAGCUUUUGCACGGUUAAAAUGUUGUAAAACUGUGAAGUAGUAACAGUCCUGGUGGCACUGAGUUGGCAACUGAUCUCAGGAAUAGUGAGCUAUUUUAUUGAACUGAGUGCAGCCCUCUCAUUUCCAUUCUCCUCUGUGCACCUUUUAGCAGGUGACUAAUAGCUGGGAUCUAAUAAGGAUCUUUCUGCUUCCCCUGGGGCCUCCUGGGAUUUCACAUAUUUGGUUCAAGGAAUAAACAAAACAUCCCCACCGUAGAUUGGAGGGGAGAGUUGAGGCAAGACUUGUUCCCACAGUACAUAAAAGGCUCCCGUGAAAUCUCCCUCCCCCCAAGUCUGGUGAUAGCAUCAUCUUAGAUUUCAUUUUUAUUCAUGUGAGUAUGUGCUGGUGAAGCAGACCUAUACAGUUCAAGAAGGGGAGGGAGAUGAGGUAAAAUGCUGGUGGCGGGCAUUGUCAGGAGAGAGAGAGAAAGCAGGCAAGGUUGACACUAGCUGAUAGCCAGCAUGAAACCUUGUCUGGGCUUUCAGAUGUGGCUCCCUGACAAUCUCUCCUUUCAACCCAACAAUGCAAUUCAGCCUUUAAAGUAUUUGAGCAAGACUGAAAAAGAUAUCCAGUGACUUACAGAAGUUGUUGUCUUCCCUGUUUUUAGCAAAAGCAGAAUUGUGCCAAACAGCUUCUGUGCUUGCAGAAUUUGGAUUUAUUUAUGUAUAUGCAAAAAGGGCAUAACUGCCUUUGGUAUAGAGCAGUUGGGUUGUGGGGAGGAACAAAAAAUUGCUACAUGUCAGAUUUUCCCCAAAUAGCUAUACUGGCUUUAGACAGGGAAGACCACCCUUUUCAUCUUUUGGAAUAGAAAUAGAAUGGGUGUCCUUCCAGAUGUUAUUGACUUCAGUUUCCAUCACUUUGCAAAAUCAGGUACGUUGGGAAAUGGGAGUCCCGUCACUUGUUCCCCGUGCCUGCUUUAGACAAUUGUAGUGUUGGGAGCAGGGCUGGAGCUGGAACAUAGAAACAUAGGAAGCUGCCUUAUAUUUAAUCAAACCAUUGGUCCAUCUAGCCCAGUUUUGCCAACUCUGACUGGCAGCAGCUCUCCAGGGUCUUCGGCAAAGAGCAGUGUUACCUAUCACCUGCUAACUGAGUCUUUUAACUAGAAAGACCAUGGAUUGAACCUGGAACAUUCUGCAUGCAAAACAUGUCCUCUACCACCAAGCUAUUGCCUCACUUUGUUGCUAGCCUGCAACAACACUGUGUAUAUCUAGAUGUGCAGCCACAUAGUCUCAAUAUCCUACUGCAGGAGUGGGGAAUGUGCGGAUCUCCAGAGGUUGUUGGACUCCAUUCCCUCAGCCAUGAUGACCACUGCUCAGGGAUGAUGGGAGUUGUAGUCCAGUAACAUCUGGCAGGCCACGCAUUCCCCAGGCCUGCUUUAAAGGUUGUACAGCUGAGAUUUUGGUAUGUGCUGCUUGUUAUGCCAUAGUGCCUUACAGCUUUGAAAAAGCAGUGCCUGGAACAAGUUCCAUCUUCUAUACAAGUAAUGUUGAAAAGUCCAUCAGCCCAACCAUAGCAUUAUCUCAAACUAGUUCUAGCCCCACCCGUCUCUUUAAAGUUUUGCUUCUGGCCAUGUCGAGGCAUUAUCUUGCUGUUAAGAGGCUUGGCCAGACAAAUGUGGUUCUCUCUGUUCUGUGUUUCCAGGAGAUUGACGGCAAGGCCUUGCUCUUGUUGCGCAGCGAUAUGAUGAUGAAGUACAUGGGCUUGAAGCUUGGGCCAGCACUGAAACUCACCUACCACAUUGACAAGUUAAAGCAGGGCAAGUUCUGA